UAUAAUAUUGCAUUGAUAGGAACGACAUUGUAUGAAACCAGUAGGAGUAGUCUUAUGACUUUCCCUGAAUUCCUCUCUUUCCACUUCUCUUAGCCCUCUGAAAUACAUCUCCCAAUUUUAUAAAGAACCCAAGAGUGCUUCCCUUCAGCCAGGCUAUAUCAGUCUAAAUGAGUAUCAUUGAAGAGAGGCUCAUUACAAAAUUAGAAACAGAAGAUGGAAGUUUGUCAGGGAGAGUUUGGAUGGAAUCAAAGAAGAUAUGGAGAAUUGCAUUUCCAGCAAUAUUAGCAAGAGUGGCUUUGUUUGGAGUAGUGAUGGUAACUCAAGCAUUUGUUGGACACAUUGGAGCCUUGGAGCUUUCAGCAUUUGCAGUUGUUCAAACAAUUCUCGUUAGAUUUGCCUGUGGCAUCACUCUCGGAAUGUCAAGUGCUACAGAAACAUUAUGUGGGCAGGCAUUUGGAGCGGGGCAAUACCACAUGAUGGGCAUCUAUCUGCAACGCUCAUGGAUUGUUAGUUCUUCUGUUACAACAAUUCUGCUCCCUGCAUUCAUCUUCGCUGCUCAAAUCUUCAAACUGCUCGGCCAAGUAGACGAGAUAGCAGAAGAAGCAGGAACAAUAUCACUGUGGUUCAUUCCCGUUCUCUACACCACUCUCUUUAGCUCCACAAUGCAAAUGUAUUUACAGGCUCAACUCAAGAACUUUGUUAUUAUAUGGCUCACUGUUGCUUCAUUCGCCAUUCAUGUGCUUCUGUCUUGGAUCUUAGUUUACUUAUUGAACUAUGGCAUUCCGGGUGCCAUGAUCGCAAUGAACAUUUCCUUUUUGUUGUUGGUAAUUGGGGAGUUCGUGUAUAUAUUUGGAGGUUGGUGCCCUGAUACAUGGAGAGGAUUCACCAAAGCUGCAUUCUCUGAUAUUUUUCCUGUCAUCAAGCUCUCAAUUUCUUCUGGUGUCAUGAUUUGCUUGGAAUUAUGGUACAACUCAGUUCUGGUCUUAUUAGCCGGAUAUAUGAAGAGUGCAGUGAUAGCCAUAGCUACCUUCUCAAUCUGCCUGAACAUUACAACGUGGGAAUUGAUGAUUGGCCUCGGCUUCCUAGUCACAGCAAGCGUGAGGAUUUCCAAUGAACUGGGCAGAGGAAACACCAAGGCUGCAAAAUUUUCUAUCAAAGUCAUUUUAUGCACUGGAACGUGCCUUGGAGUGGUAUUUUCAGUGGUAUGUUUAUUGUGUAGUUAUCAAAUAGCCUACGUGUUUACUAGCAGUGAAGAAGUGGCAAAAUCUGUGUCAAGCCUCUCUAUUCCUCUUGCCUUCUCAGUCUUGCUAAAUAGUAUCCAGCCCAUCCUCUCAGGAGUUGCCAUAGGUGCCGGUUUGCAAAGUGUGGUUGCAUAUGUAAAUAUCGGUUGCUAUUAUGUGGUUGGGGUGCCCAUUGGAGCUUUGCUCGGAUAUGUUGCGCAUCUGGAAGUCAAGGGUAUAUGGAUUGGGAUGAUAUGUGGAGUGGCAACACAAGCACUUACUCUUCUUUUAAUGACAUGGAGAACAGAUUGGGAGAAGCAGGUGACCAGGGCAUCUGAACGUCUCAAUAGGUGGCUCUUAAAAGCCCCUGAUCAAGAAUCAAAUUAAGGACCUAUUCAGCAUAGGAAACAAAAAGGUUCAAAUGACUAUGGCCCAACCAAGGUUUGAAGAAAUGACAGAUUCCUACCAAUUAAGUUUAAAAAAAUUAAUUUUUCACCCAUAUGUCAAAAUCAACAAUUAAUUUUAACACAUAUUGUGGAGUGUUAAGUAUUUCAAUUUCAUACUAUAUUUAGAGUUUUGUCUUGCA